CUGUAACAUGACGCGCGAGCAGUAGAAAUAAUAUUGAGGGAAAACAGGCCAAACACACAGAAAACUGGACAUGGAGUCAGUGAAGGCGAGAGCCACGGCGGGGGUGAAGGAAUUUGCGGGGAAGACCCUGGGUCAUAUGUACAGGGUGGUGGAGAGGAGGCAGAAAACCGGGGAGGUGAUCGAGCUGACGGAGGACGGGCGGCCCCGGGAGGCCGCGGAGAAGAAACCCCCGCUGUGUGACUGCAACUGCUUCGGCUUGCCCCGCCGCUACAUCAUCGCCAUCAUGAGCGGACUGGGCUUCUGCAUCUCCUUCGGGAUCAGAUGUAACCUGGGCGUGGCCAUAGUGGGCAUGGUCAACAACAGCACCAUUCACCAAAACGGCAAGAUCAUCAUCAAAGAGAAAGCCAAGUUCAACUGGGAUCCAGAGACGGUGGGAUUGAUUCACGGAUCUUUUUUCUGGGGUUACAUCGUGACACAAAUCCCGGGGGGAUAUAUAUCCUCCAGGCUGGCGGCAAACAGGGUAUUCGGUGCAGCCAUUGUCCUCACCUCCACUCUCAACAUGUUCAUCCCCUCUGCUGCUCGAGUCCAUUAUGGGUGUGUCAUUUUUGUGAGGAUAUUACAAGGCCUGGUGGAGGGGGUGACCUACCCAGCCUGCCACGGCAUCUGGAGCAAGUGGGCUCCGCCACUGGAACGGAGUCGUCUGGCCACCAUUUCAUUCUGUGGUUCCUACGCCGGUGCUGUGAUUGCAAUGCCUCUGGCUGGGAUUCUGGUUCAGUACAGUGGAUGGUCCUCUGUGUUUUACGUCUACGGAUGCUUUGGCAUCUUCUGGUAUAUGUUCUGGAUCCUUGUGUCUUACGAGAGCCCUGCCGAACAUCCAACCAUCACGGAUGAGGAACGCUGCUAUAUUGAGGAGAGCAUCGGAGAAAGUGCCAAGCUCAUGGGUCCCUCAGAGAAAUUCAAGACCCCUUGGAGGAAAUUCUUCACCUCAAUGCCUGUCUAUGCAAUCAUCGUGGCUAACUUCUGCAGGAGCUGGACGUUUUACCUGCUGCUGAUUAGCCAGCCUGCGUACUUCGAGGAGGUGUUUGGCUUUGAGAUAAGCAAGGUGGGCAUCCUGUCUGCCCUCCCCCACCUGGUGAUGACCAUCAUCGUGCCCAUCGGUGGCCAGCUGGCUGACUACCUGCGGAGCAGGAACAUCCUGACCACCACCACCGUCAGGAAAAUCAUGAACUGUGGAGGAUUUGGCAUGGAGGCCACCUUGCUGCUGGUGGUGGGAUAUUCCCACAGCAAAGGGGUAGCCAUCUCCUUCCUGGUGCUUGCUGUGGGCUUCAGUGGAUUUGCUAUAUCAGGUUUUAACGUCAAUCAUCUGGAUAUCGCUCCCCGUUAUGCCAGCAUCCUGAUGGGCAUCUCUAACGGCGUCGGCACCCUGUCUGGGAUGGUGUGUCCGCUCAUUGUGGGUGCUAUGACAAAGAACAAGACUCGGGAGGAGUGGCAGUACGUGUUCCUGAUAGCCUCCCUGGUGCAUUACGGAGGGGUGGUCUUCUACGGGCUCUUUGCGUCCGGCGAGAAGCAGCCGUGGGCCGACCCGGAACUCACCAGCGAGGAGAAGUGUGGCUUCAUCGACGAGGACGAGCUGGCGGAGGAGACCGGGGACAUCACUCAGAGUUACAACGCGGCCAAGACGUACGGCGCCACCACGCAGGUGAACGGAGGCUGGGCCACCGGCUGGGAGAAGACGGAGGAGUACGUCCAGGAAGAAGCACAGGGAGGGGGAUACGGAUACAGGCAGGAUGAGGGAUACUCUUAGACCAAACACGCAUUCACCGAGACAUGAGUAGACUUAUAUUUUCCCUGAGUGUGCAUCAGUUUUAGUCCUAAAAAUACCAACCAAUGAGAACCGAGUAAAAAGUCACAAUCUAUUGUCGUAUUGUUUGCACAACUUCUUAAAA